AUGUACUCUGAAGUUGCAAAACUUGAGAAGACUACUCAAGCACCUUCCGAUGUUUUUGAGACGAAAUACUCCCCCGUGAACGGAUCUUCGAAGACAAACAAUCAGUCAGAAGGGGUCAACAGUGACGAGGAAGCUGCAAGAAAUCUUGCAGUAACAGCUGAUCGGUCCGAAGAAAAGAAGAAGCGGAUAGAUGCUGACAAGCGGUUUUUCGAUGGCACUGAAGAAGCACAUGAAAAAAUACCUUUGACUAACUCAUGGGUUGAGCAGCCAGUUAACUGCUACAGACUCCAUGCAGACAUUAACCGAAAAUUAGCCGGCUCACAUGAAUUGGGAGCGCAGUAA